UGCCUGCCUGUCUCUCUCUCUCUCUCUCUCUCUCUCUCUCUUUCUCUUUCUGCCUGCUUGUCUGGUUGUAUGCCUACCUACCACCUUUCUACCUACCUACUUACCUACCUACCUAACUAACUACUCACCUACCUAUUUGUCUGUCUUAUAUCUUGUGUCUACCUACCUACCUACUUGUCUCCCUGUCCGCUUACCUACCUGAUUCUUUGGUAGGUUACUUGGUUGGUUGGUUGGCUAGUUGGUUAGUUGUUUGAUUGGUUAGCUGGUCGACUGGCUGACUAGCUAGCUAGCUGACUGACUGUUAGCUUACUAGCCGAUUGGUAGGUUGGUUGGUGGAUUGGUUGGUCGGUUGAUUGGCUGGUGAGUUAAUUGAUUGGUUGGUUGAUUGGCUUUGGUUAAUUAGUUCGCCAGCUAAACGAACGUAACACAACUGAACGAACGAACUUGCAAGUGCAAAUAACGUUCGACGCCCCGCGCGUACGGUCAACCGCGGCGAGAGGGCGAAUAGAGCGAAUGUCUUUUCGAGAAAGAGCUUAAAGCCGAAAAACUAACUUCACGAAAAGCCGUCCAAGAGAGAGAGAAAGAGAGAGGGGAUACGUAUAUACAUAUAUAUGUAUAUAUGUAUAGUAUGUAGGGAGAGAGAGAAAGAGGGGGGAGGGAGACAGUCAGACAGAAAGAGAGAGUGAGUAAGCGAACGGGCGGCCGAGCGAGCAAGCGAGCGAGUGAGUGAGCGAGCGAGCGAACGGGCAGGCACCUCGUAGCGCUAUAUUCAGGGCACAUGGGAUCAUCCGGGCCUAUCUCAAGAUGAACGGUGAUUUCGGUAACGACCAUCCGUCCCAUACGACGUAUCACGCCACAUUGUCAUCGUCAUGCGGAUACGUGUACAUGAAUGGGGACAUUGGUAAGCUCCCACCAGGGGCGGUCUACCCAGCCACCCCUGAGCCUCUGGGUCCGGUUGCAGGCGCGAUCGGCGGUGGAGUGUCUAGUUUAGAGUACGGAGUCAUGAACGGUGCGCCCAGCGGAAGUGAGUUGAUUCUCGAUGCAGGUGUUGGCAGCCUGGAGGCAACGUCGCAACACGCCAUAAGCAUUGGCGGUGCUGUCGGAUACGGUCCAGUGGAUGUUGCUGCUCUGGGUGAUGCGUCCGCUUCAGCCGCAUCAAUGGCCGAUUUAUCUGUCCCUGGCAUACCCCUGGAACAACUCAAACAGAUGCUCUCUUCGCAACUCGAGUAUUAUUUCUCCAGGUAUCGCAAGCCACUCUCUGUGUCCUUGAAUCUGCUGCGCGACUCCAUCUUUCUGUAAUCGUCGAGCUGCAAGGUGGCGGCUCGCUAACACGUUUACAUUUCCACCACUCCACACUUGCCUCCUACGAGGGUAUCGACCAAGUCACUGCAGUCCGUAGCGUAUUAUAAAUGAUUUUAGCGAUCCGAGCGCAAAGAGUUCGUACUGUUUGUUAACUUGGCAUCAUUACAGCAACUGUUGCAACUUCUAAUUGAGUAGUGAAUGAGAAAAAGAUUUGGUUGAAUGUAAUCUACUGCAAAUGCGCGGCCAUCAUGCAAAUUGCACGAGCGCGUGUAUGUAUACGUACAACGUCAUUUACGCCUUCGAGUUUAGGCACGUUCGGAGCGUAUUCAUCGUGUUUAGAUAUUCACACCGUGACGCUGCGCGAUACGUCUGAUAA